CCCACCGCGUCCCGCUCCAUCCCAUCCCCGGUUCCUCUUCCCGACGCCGCCUCCAGAGACCCUACUCCAUCGCGGCGGCAGCGCCCCCAAAGAGCUCCUCGCGGGCGGGGGCAGCCCCCCGUUGGUCUCCUGGGAUUGGUGUGUUUUCAGGCCUCCCUCUUUCUGCUUCUCAUCCUAGGAAUCCUGGCCUUCGGCGUCCUCGGCCAUGGCCUCUCUGCAGGUGGCUCACCCUUACUGGCCCCAAGACCUCCAACUCAGUGGUUACGUGCCCAACGAUAAGCCCGUGUGGCAGAUCCUCGCGCUGUUCUUUUCCGUCUCGGGGGCGCUCCUGGGGGCUACGUGGCUGUUGUCUGGCCAGGGGAAGGGAGGGAGUGGAAGCCCCUGGCGGCGGCUCAUCAUCUGCUGGUUUGCCGUGUGCGCCUUUGUGCACUUGGUGAUCGAGGGCUGGUUCAGCCUCUACCACCAGGACAUCGCUGGGGAUCAGGCCUUCUUGUCCCAGCUGUGGAAGGAGUACUCCAAGGGAGACAGCCGAUACAUUCUAGCGGACAACUUUACGGUGUGCAUGGAGACGGUGACAGCCUGGGUAUGGGGCCCACUCAGCUUGUGGGCUGUGGGAGCCCUUCUGAAACAGAGACCUGAGCGAUUCCUUCUCCAGCUUGUCAUCUCCUUGGGCCAGCUGUAUGGGGAUGUCCUUUAUUUCUUCACUGAGUAUCAGCAUGGCUUCCAGCAUGGGGAGUUUGGGCACCCGCUCUACUUCUGGUUCUACUUUGUCUUCAUGAAUGCCCUGUGGAUCAUCGUGCCUUCCGCCCUCCUCCUGGAUGCCUGGCGCCAUCUGACCUGUGCCCAGUUGCUAGCAGAUGGUGCUGCUGGCCCCCGAGGCCCCCAAAAGCAGCAUGAACAUUUCCAGUGAAAAGCCCCGGAGAGGCAAGGGAGAAAGCACACUUUCUCCUACUGAGCCGCCUCUUCCUGGCACUCUUCCCCCUCCUGCUCUGCCCUUGACAGGGCUAAUAAAAGUUGCUGAAGGAGCCCCGAA